AUGGCUCCAGGAAACAACAAGACGUUGAGCUGCCAGGACUUCAUAGUAAUCCCGUUUAACGAGCUUAUGGAACACAAUCUCCUGAACACGGUGUUUUUCAGCUUCAUCGUCAUCCUCGGCAUUCCCAGCAACAUUGUCGUGCUGCUCGCGUAUCGGCACAUCCAGAAAGCGAACCACAAGAAUAAGUUCACGGCCGUCUUCGUGCGUCUGCUCUCUGGCUGUGACAUCAUCAUCUGCUGCACCGUCUUCACUCACUACGUCAACAUGAAGAACAACAUCGCGCUGUGCAUGCUCGAACAGUACCUGCAGAUCAUUCCACUCAUGUUCUCACUCUGCAUCCUCGUCGUCAUCGCUGCCGAGCGCUACCUCGCCGUGUGCCGCCCCCUGGUGAGGAUGCGGACGCGGCACGUCAGCGGGCUUCUCGGCGUCUCCGUGGCGAUGACGCUCGCCGUGGCGGUCGUGUACGCGUCGCUGCACGCCGUCGUCGCGCCGGACUGCUGCAUCAUCAGCGACGAGCGCCUCCUGACGGCCAUCAUCACGAUCUACGCCGUCGUCAACUAUCUCUUCAUCGUCCUCCUCCUCAUCGUCCUCUACGGUCUCGUCUUCUGGGCGAUCUACCGCCGGCAGAUGAACAGGGUCGGCGCUCGCCCGCCUGAGAACUCUAGCAUCAACACUGUAUCCAUGGUGGUGACCGCUGCCGAGCGGCGACGGGAGCGAGGCAACGACGGAGAGGAGGCGAGCGCGACGGCAGCGCCCUCUGAGAAGGCCAGCACGAGUAAGCACGGCUCAGCAUCCGCCGACGGAGCAAACACGUCGCAAGCGACGCGACCGUCAAGUAAAGAUAAGACAGCAUCCGUCACGCCGGCGCGCAGGCGUUCUGAACGACUACAGGGUACCAAGAGAGGUCAGCAACUCAGAAGGAAGCCCGGCGGUAAGGCAAAUGUUCAGAUGAAGUCGGCUCUAAUGUUCAGCCUAAUCACGUUGGUUUUCUUUCUCGGCUGGCUGCCGUUCUGGCAGCAGUCGUCACGAGAAUCUUUUUGA